CGUGAUUUGAUUGAUAUGAUUUUUCCGAAAGUAAAAUUGAAAGUAAACAUUAGAUUUGGAAACAAAAUUUGCAAUGAAUAAAGACUAUUCAAAUAAAAAUUUUAUAUCAACUUUAAGUCAGUCUUGGAAAAACGGAAAGGAUUUAAAGGAAAAAAAUGUGGAAUUCUACGGGUCUCCUUUUAAGCUAGCAGUAGUAGAAAAUUUUUUUGAAAAAGAAAAUUUAACAACAAAUUUGCUUCAUGAUAUUCUUGAAGUGGAUUGGAUAAAAAAGCAAAUGGAUCUGUAUCACUUUAGGCAGAGUGAUGAUAUAUCAAAAUUAAAUGCACAAUACCUAAAAGAGUUUCUUAAAUUGUUAGAAGAUGAAGUUAAGCCAUGGAUUGAAACUAUUUGUGAUGUAAAAAUUAACCGUGUUUCAGCGUCGUGUUCAAUGUAUAAUAAUGGAGAUUUUUUAUUGGUACAUGAUGAUCUUUGCUCCAAUCGACAAAUUGCUUACGUAUUUUAUAUUUCCCCAUUUGAUAAAAAUGUAUGGACAAAAGAUAUGGGCGGUGCUCUAGAAAUUUUCAAUGUUGAUUCAGAUGGUUUUCCAGAUUUUCCAGCAAUCCGCCAUAUAUCGCCAAUAAAUAAUCAAUUUGUAUUCUUUAAAGUUGGGGCCUUAUCAUUUCAUCAAGUUGAAGAGGUGAAAAAUUUAGAUUAUCCGCGUUUAACAAUAAACGGAUGGUUUUAUGGGGACGUGAAUAAAGAUUUGAAAUCAUUUGUAAAGCCAAAAAUAACGAAUUAUUAUAAAAAUCCAAAUACUUUAGAUAUAAAUUUAUCAGAAUGGAUAAAUUCUGUAUAUUUAGAGCGUAAAACAAAGACCAAAAUUCAGAGUUGUAUUGAAAUGAAAUCAGAAAUAAGUUUAGAAGAUUUUUUAAUUCCAAAUGUCUUUAAUGAUAUUUGUAAACAUUUAGAAAAUCCAAAAUUAAAAUGGAUGAAAAGAGGACCUGCAAGCAGUUCACAUUAUGAAGUUUUAGAUAUCCUCACAACAGAUGGCUUAUUACAAAAAUUUAUUGAAAUAUUUUCAUCUACAGAAAUGUUCAAAUUACUCUUUGAGUAUACGGCAUUAGAUUUUUAUGGCAAAAAUUCAAAAAAUCCAACUUGUUUUUUCGAAUUUCAGAGAUUGAAUAAGGGCUCAUACACUCUUUUAUUUGACGACAGUUUUUCAGAGGAUUGCAAACUUAAUUUAUUUAUAUAUUUUAAUUCCAUAGAUAAUGUUGGAACCGUUACUUAUUUGUCGCGUGAUAGUGAUGGAUCAUAUGAAGAAAUUAAAUCUGAUUCAGCACUUUUAACAGUUUAUCCUCAAGAUAAUUCAUUAAAUAUAAUUUACUGUACUGACGACCAAACCCAUUUCACUAAUUAUAUUUCAAAAGUAAAUAACAAUUUAACAAAACCGGUUCAUAGAUUGUAUUGUACUUAUAAGGAAUAAAGUAUUUUAAAAAUUGAGUUUU